UUGUUUAAUGGUGGAGGUACCACACAGGUUUCAUUUACUAGAUUUUUUUUUCACAAUAAGAAGUGUCUUUUUUUCUGCCACUUUUAAUAGUGUAUUGUAAUAGAAAUGAAGAAGAAGUAGUAAGGUACAUUCGCUACGGUGCUGGUUAUAAAGAAGUCAUGGUGGUCUGCUUUCUUAUCCAUACCGUGUGUCCGGUGAGCGCGCUCUCUGCCGGUGAGAGCCGGAUCCUGUACUCUCACCUGUUCGGACCGGAGGAGGUCACACUGCUCCACCCAACCGCCGAGCAGCAGCGACUGGCCCAAAAGGAGGCUCUCUGCCUCGUAGCCAGGCAAGUGCGCAGUGCUGUGUCUGCAAGCCGGGAGGUGUCAGGCAGAGUGUUAGUGGAGGCAGGGCUUGGGGAAGAGGCCACAGCUUUGAGUGAGGCUGAAUCUGGUGUAUUGUCCUUAGCAAACAGGGAGCCAUUUGCAGGAAGUUGUGUUGCUCUGUGGCUUGGAAUUCACGCUCUGGCCUUCACCCUGGUGUGUCAGCCACAUGAGAACCUGUUGCUUGCUGAGGGAACUCUGCGGAACCUGGCACGCCACUGUCUGGAGGAACUACGUCUGCUUGGACCUGGUAGUGAGGUGGUGUUAAAAAGUGAUCGAGUGGAUGCAAUGCUUCACCGACUUCUUCCCCAUGGACAGCUACUCUUCCUUAACCAUCGCUUUGCACAUAUCAUGGACAAAGAGCUAUCCAGCUACAUUGGCAAAUAAAACACCUGGAUAUGUGCUGAAAGUAUCAGGGAGAUAGAGGGAGAGAGAGAGAAAUGUUGGUCAAUGGACUGAGAAUUUUGUUCAGAUGAAGAUAGAGGACUCAGCUCUUCCUCCCAGCCCAUUUACGGCUCAGUAAGGUGGAGAAAGAACACUCUGUGUGUGCAUGUGUACGUUUGUGUGUGUGUGUAUGUCUGAGAGAGAGAGAGAGAGAGAGAGAUGUGUAUCUCUGAAUACAUAAAUUAGACUCUGGCUCACAGAUGGUUCACUGCAGCAAUGGAUUGGAUGUGUGUGUUUGUAUGUGAGUAAUGUCACAUUAUUCUGAUUGAUUUUGUUGUUGACGGGUGACACAAGGCCAUCUGUGUAGUCCUGGUGUCUGUACAGGAAAUAAAAAGGGGAGGAAGCAAGAAAAAUUCUAUAUGGAAUUACUUUCAGAUUAUUUCUACGAGUGGCCUGUAGUUUAACUAACACCACAAUAUGUGCAUUUUUCUAUAGAGUAGAUCUCUCUCUCUCUCUCUCUAUUUUCUCAUAACAUUACAACACUUGGAAGACAGAGAGGACUUCUCUGCACUUAUUUACUCUAUGGAGUGGCCAGAGCUCUUAUGUAAAGAAGCCUGAGCUGUGGCAUUUAUACUAUUUUUGCUCUUCACUUUGCUACAUUGCAUAAUCUGAACGGAAAUGUGGUAUUUGGUUUCUAUAUGACGUAUAACUCAUAAUGAGAGGAGUCUGCAUUAUAGUAUAAUUGUAUAAUUGUGUCUUUUUUCACAUUUGGAUUCACAACAAAGAAAGCAAAUACCAUAAUGCAUUGUACAAUAGUGCAAUUUUUUGUUGCAUAUUAGGGUUUCAUAUCAGACACUUUUUAACCUAAUCAUUAUCUACCACAUCUAUAGCAUGUGUGUGUGUUACAAAUACACACAAACACGGGUAUGGUUCAUCAGUUUGCUUGUUUUGACGUGUAUGAAAUAUGUAUGAAAACAACAAAAUUGUUCUGAAAGCUUAAUUAACUGCAAUCGUUUUCAUUGUAUUACUGAUUGUAAUGUUUAGUUUUAGAAAUCAUGAUAUCAUAUUAAAUGUUUC